GAAUUAUUUCAAUUAAUGAAUGCUUUCUGUCGCACACUGUUGCUGGAUUCCUUCGAUGUGUACCUCCUCCUGAACCUACGGACCCAACCUACGGCCUACGUAAUGGUGGCGAAGAUGAACUGCAAGUUGCGUUUCGCUGUUCUGUUGAGCUGUUUGAUUCUGUUUACAGUUGUGCAUUCCGAUACAGAAACGGAUGAAGUAGAGAAUUUUUUCAAGAGUGGUCACACAAAUAAUUGGGCAGUUUUAGUAUGCACAUCCCGGUUCUGGUUCAACUACCGCCAUGUAGCCAAUGCACUCUCAUUGUAUCGUAGUGUGAAACGUUUAGGAAUACCGGACAGUCACAUCAUUCUGAUGCUUGCAGAUGACAUGGCCUGCAAUGCUCGUAAUCCAAGACCAGCUGCUGUCUUCAACAAUGCUAGGCAGCACAUAAAUGUCUAUGGGGAUGAUAUUGAAGUUGAUUAUAGAGGCUAUGAGGUGACUGUUGAGAACUUCAUUCGGGUACUGACAGGACGCCUUCCCCCAGGCACCCCCCGCUCCAAGAGGUUAUUAUCAGAUGACCGUAGCAACAUUCUCAUUUACAUGACUGGUCACGGUGGUGAUGGGUUUCUCAAGUUCCAAGAUGCUGAAGAAAUCUCAAACGUGGAGCUGGCUGAUGCAUUUCAACAAAUGUGGCAGAAACAACGAUAUCAUGAGCUGUUGUUCAUUGUUGAUACUUGUCAAGCCAACUCAAUGUACCAACGUUUCUACUCACCUAAUUUGAUUGGUAUUGGAAGCAGUCAAGUUGGAGAGGACUCUCUGUCGCAUCAUGUGGAUCCUGCCAUUGGUGUGUAUGUGAUUGACAGGUACACAUACCACGCCCUGGAGUUCUUGGAAUUGGUGUCACUGGGAAGCACAAAGAAAAUGGGCAAGUUUUUUGAAGUAUGCCCAUGGAAGCAGUGUAAAUCAACACCUGGUGUUAGAACGGAUCUGUUCCAGGGUGAUGCCCGCCAGGCCCUUGUCACAGACUUCUUUGGUAACGUCCGUAACAUAGAAAUCACGACAACCAAAGUGUCGCUUCAGAGUAUGAAAGCUGCUGAGGUUGAAGAGAUGGCAAGUAGAGAUGCUGGUAGAAGUACAACUCCUAAUCUAAAAUAUCCUGAGAUUUUUCCAAAGAGUUUUGAUAGUAAAGGUAAAGACAAGGAGAAAGGUUUACGAGUAUCUCAAUCUUUCGUUCUUCUAUACAGUGCAUUUAUCGUUUUAGCUGGUAUAACAUUUUUCACAAAUAAAUUUUCUUGAAAUUUAUUGUUGAGGUUCUGAAACUAAGGAUUAUUUAUGAGCAACUGUGAUGUUUCCAUGAGAUGUGAAACAGUCAACAGACAAAAAUCAGCUUACUGGGUGACAUGGUUUGCACACCUCAGUGCAUUGUGGAAUUGGUUCUGAUGGUAGUAUGGUCCAUGAAGUGGAUUAGGUUUAGGCAAAAGAUCAGCAAAGAAUACCAAGAUCACAAGACAAAUCCAGUAUUCAAGACCCCGACUGACUCAGGGAGCCAGCUGACCAAAAAUCUAUGCAGUAAGCCUUUGUGGCAGAACAAUAAUAAUGCAUUGGGCUACAAAAUAUAAACUGCUUUAUGCAUAUCGAAUAUUCUCGCGUAUAUGACAGGUUUAAGAUAGCACAGCAGGUCGUCUUUAAUGCUCAACACUUACGAUUUUUGAUUUUUAAAUCAUGUUCGUCUUAUUUGCUGAUCGUCUGUAACAUGCAAAUUUACUAAUGAAAUUAAGCUACUAUAUGCUAGUAUGAGUGAACGCAAUUUGUAUGGAAAUAAGAUUUUGAUAAAAUGGUAUUAUUUGGAAGAUUAGCUGUACAUUUGGCUCCGUUUUUAGCCAGCUAGAUUCAGUAUCAAGACCAUAAAGAGCAGCAGCGUCUUAUAUGCCCAACAUACAAAAAUCGUCCUAAAAGCUUCUCAAAAUCUGAGGUCAUUUUAUAUGCGGAUCGCCUUAUACGUGAGAAUGUACAGUACUGUAUUUGUAUAUUUUAUAUCAGCAUUUGGACUUUUUUCAAUUUUGAGCAAUCUUGUUCGAUUUUUUAGCAGACAUGGGGUUUAUUUCGUUUUCUUUUGGCAAGGCUUAUGCAAUUUGUUUGUCAGAGUACAUUUAGCAUAUUUAGCAUUUAGUGUUUUCAACAAAAUAAAUGAUGGAUAUUUGAGUGUUUAGUUAUUAUUGUAAAUAUAGCGAACAUGAUCAAUAUGUUUGGUGGAAUAAUUGAACAAUGAUGCGUUUUUUUCUGUGUAUUGGGGUUGUCUCAAUUUGACAUUGUAUUUAAAUUUUUGAAUAAAACAAUAUACAGCAACAACAAUAUAUAAAGGUUGUAAUUUAUGCAUAUUGUUAUUGAAUAGGAUCUAUGUUGUGAACCUAUACUGAAGUUGGUAAUUUACUAAUUCACCAACUGCAAGUAAAUGGUAUUUGAUAGAUCAAGGAAGUAUUAAGUAUAAUACCUGCUUGGCUUAGAUAGGGCUUGGUAAUUUACCAACUAUGAAGUACAGGUAAAUGAUAUUUGUUGUGGCAAAAGUAUCUAAACUCACAUGGGAAAUAUUAUAUAGUACAGUAUAGCGUAUUUUGUACUAAAAUGUAAUACAGUACAAUAGAACUCGACAAAAGGUAAUGCUAUUUAAAUAAACCAACAAAAUUGUUCUCA